AAAUCCAUGUACGAUCACAAGAGCUUGGGGACAACUUCUCUAAACUUCACACGUUACAAAACUCUUUCUUUGUCUUAUGGUGCCACCCUUUGAAUCCAAUUUUCCUUUGAGUUUCACUCCAAAGCAGUUCCAUUUUAGAUAACUAAAUAGUAGACACCGAUCAUCAUCACCUUGUUGAGAGAGCGAGAGAGAGAGAGCUUCACAUUCAAAAACGAAAGGCAAAGGCAUCGUUUUUCACCAACCCAGAUCGAAGCUUGUGUGUGGAUUGAUUUGUUUGAAUAUUGGAAAUAUGAAUGAUGAUGAUGGUCCUGUGAUUGUGAAGGAAGAGUUUUCUCCACAACCGCUUGAGGGGCUUCAUGAAAGUGCUCCUCCACCGUUCCUCACAAAGACUUACGACAUAGUCGAUGAUGUUUCCACUGAUGACAUAGUUUCAUGGAGCAGAGGAAACAACAGCUUCGUUGUGUGGGAUCCUCAAGCCUUUUCCAUCACUCUUCUCCCCAAAUACUUCAAACACAACAACUUCUCCAGCUUUGUCAGACAGCUCAACACCUAUGGGUUUAGAAAGGUGGAUCCUGAUAAAUGGGAGUUUGCCAAUGAAGGGUUUCUCAGAGGACAAAGGCAUCUAUUGAAGAUGAUAAGGAGGAGGAAGAGCAGUCAUCAACCUCAGCCACUGCAACGAUCUCUUGAGCAUUGUGUUGAAGUAGGGAGGUUUGGAUUAGAUGGAGAAAUGGAUGGGUUGAAACGUGACAAGCAAGUUCUGAUGAUGGAGCUGGUGAAACUCAGACACCAACAGCAGAACACAAAGAACCAUCUUCAAUCAAUGGAAAGUAGGCUCAGAAAGACCGAACAGAAACAGCAGCAGAUGAUGAAGUUCUUGGGAAGGGCAAUGCAGAACCCCAACUUCUUGCAACAAUUGGUUCAACAAAGGGAGUGGAGGAAGGAGCUGGAAGAAGCUUUUUCCAACAAGAGAAGAAGGCCUAUUUGUGAUGCUGAAGAAUGCUCAGAUUUGGUUAAACUUGAACAAGAGGAGUAUGAUGAUGAAAUGUCAGAGCUUGAAGUUUCUGACAUAGAGCUUGCUAUGAACAUGGAGGAACAAAGUGGUGAGGAGGAGAAAGGAGGUGAAGCUGAAAGUAGAAAUGAAGGCAUUGAGGAAGUACUGUGGGAAGAACUUCUGAAUGAGGGUGUUGAAGAAGAUCUACUAGCAUUGGAAGAUGAUGAUGAUAAUGAAGAUGUAACUUUGUUGUCUGAGGAACUUGGUUAUUUAGCUUCCAAGUCCUAAAUAAGAUUGAUGCAGUCCAAGGUUGUGUUUGCGGUAUGAUCUUAAAACUUUUGGUCAAAAAUAACUUCAACUAUGUUCUUUUUCUGACAGAUUUUACAUGCAUCUGGAAUUUUUAUUUUUUAUUUGGUUUUGUGUUGCUACCUGAAUUGCUUGAGUUGGAAUUGUUAUUGAUUACUAUAA